AUACAAUUCGCAAAACCUCGCAACUUCGCACUCCGCUGCGAACGGCGCACCGCGUAUCACACAGUUCAAACGACCGCGGGAAGAACACAAAAUGAACUGACUGUAUAGUGACACAUUUGAAAUCGUAACAAACUCUUGUGAUAUAUAAAAAAACUGGUUUUAAAGUAAACUGAAUUAAAAUGGCUGUCAUAGUUUUAAAGUUUUUGGAUUUAGUUCCUGUGCGGUUCAACCUGUGGGUGAUGUUACUUACGAGCUGUUGGGUUGUUUAUAUGCUACGAGUCAACAUGAGUCUUAAUUUAAUUGCUAUGGUGCCACAGACGCGUAAUAAUUCAUCAUCCCAAUCUACGUGCGGUAGUACCCCAGAAAGUAACGAGGUACAGAAUUACACUGCAUCUCCUUCAAACGGCACAAAUGUAACCGAGGCACCCAGACAGGUGCCUGGUGGUGCAUCGUUCGAUUGGUCAUCUGAACAACAAGCGCUGAUCCUUGGCGCAUAUUUUUGGUGCUACCCCGUGACUUCGUUAGUGGGAGGCAUGGCAGCCGAGCGCUGGGGACCGCGCUACGUGGUACUUAUCACGUCAUUCGCCAGCGCUGUUCUUACCAUGCUGAGCCCCCCAGCUGCUAAACUGCACUACAUAGCUCUCGUCGUAACACGAUUUUUACUUGGAUUUGCUGGGGGAUUCAUAUAUCCGUCUCUUCAUGUGUUAGUAGCGCGAUGGGCUCCACCCGCUGAGAAGGGCAAAUUUGUGAGCGCGAUGAUGGGAGGAACUUUGGGUACAGUAGUAACGUGGUCUCUUACAGGACCACUUAUGGACAAGUUUGGGUGGGCCUCAGCAUUUCACGUGCCUGGAGUACUGACUUUAAUCUGGUGUGGUUUCUGGUGGUAUCUUGUUGCUGAUACGCCAGAAGAUCAUCCAAGAAUCACAGAGGCGGAAAAAAAGUACAUCUUAGAGGCGCUUGGAGAUAACGUGAAAAAAUCAAAGGGACUUCCACCGUUUAAAGAGAUUGUGACGUCUAUUCCUUUUUUGGCAAUGGUGGUCCUUCACUACGGGAAUCUCUGGGGACUGUAUUUCAUUAUGACAGUUGGUCCCAAAUUCGUGUCCAGCGUAUUGGGCUUUGAACUCUCUGCUGCUGGUGUAAUAUCAGCACUUCCUUAUUUAGCAAGAAUGUUCCUAGCUACUGUAUUUGGUUUUAUAGGAGAUUGCAUAUUAUCCAGAAAGUUGAUGACGACUACCACCAUAAGGAAAUUUUUCUCUUUAUUCUCACAUAUAAUUCCUGGAGUUUUACUAGUUAUGCUGGUAUAUACUGGCUGUUCUACAGGUCUGUCAGUAUCACUGAUCACUCUGUCCAUGGGAUUUAACGGAGCUGCUACCUUAACAAACCUGCAAAACCACCAAGACUUGGCUCCAAAUUAUGCUGGCACGUUGUAUGGCAUCGCCAACUUCGUAGGAAGCACAGCUGGUUUCUUUACGCCAAUGAUUACAGCGUACUUCACUAAAAACGGGAAUAGUUUCGAGCAAUGGCGCCCAGUUUUCUUCGUUGGAGCAUCUGUGUACAUAGUUUCGGCGAUCUUCUUUAUUCUCUUCGGAACUGCUAAUAUACAGCUCUGGAAUUUCCCAAAAGGCGACAAGGCUGACAGUAAAGACUUACAUAGAAAUGGUGAUCUCAAAGAUAUAAGUAACGCGACAAUUAAAAAUGGUGACACCAAGGAGAUUAAAGAGACACCUUUAUCAGUCACUGCCUAGUUUUUAAUGAAGAAUUAGAUUUUACGCUUUUAACAUUUGAACGUUGUGGGCAAAGCUAACGAAGCAUUGAAUAUUACGUACCUAAGAGGAUGUGAAAAUUUAAGUCUUAAUGUAUUGUAAGAAUUGCAAUAUAAUUUGCAUGACUUUGUUUUCACUUGUGAUGAAACAAUUAAAUUAUGUUAAAUAAUUAUAGAUUAGGAAACCAAAUAUUAUUACACGUACUUCAAAAAUUGACUUAUAUGACUAUAGUGACCUUUACAAUCAAUAAUAGCAAAUAAUGGUGCAUUUAAAUAAUUAUUUUAAUUAAGGUUUAAUUUGUAAAACAGUACGGUCUACUAGAAUUUUUUGACAAUAAUUGAAAAAAUAACGAAAAGUAGCUAUUGCAAUUCAUAUGGCAAUGUCAAUUUGAUAUCUCCGAUUUGACCGGUUAAUACGAUUGAAUAUUUUUGAUACUUAUGAUUUUGAUUAUAUACAAUCCAAGCUACAACAGUUAGGUACAAUGUAAGAAACCUACUGAUCUCAUAAGAAGCAAUAUGCAAAUUCAAGAGUAAUUAGAAAUUACUUACAAUAAACUUAAAUCAAUCAAUAAAA